ACACCCCUAUAUAUGUUGGUAUGAGCCGCCAAAAAUAGUAUGUGGGGAAAACAAGUACUCAGAGCACAGCGCUUUUGUUUCGUGACUCACUGCUGAAAAAGCCCGAACUCGCAAGCAUCCUGUCCACCGAGCGCAGCAUUUCCUUCUUUGUCUUGCCAAGCCCACCGCCUUUUCUCACUGCUUUUUUACAAGGUGCAAUCUUUGGGCCGAAGAAUUUUGACAUUUCUCCGAGAAACAGCCGUCAACAAGAGCCUUUGUCCACCGACGCUAGAAGAGACGCCGUCGCCAUCUUGAAACCAGUCGAACCAGCGCCAAAAAGUCAACGAAAAUUCCGUCCUCAAAACAGACGAGAAAAGCCACAAAUUCCGCCUUUUUCUUCCAUGAAAAAGGCACUAUGAAGGACGAAAUCGCAGCAGCUGUAGUCUACUUGACCAGACUGGUUAGGAAAAGUGGCAACUUGAACAAAGACCAGGUCGAUAGAUUCGCGGACAAACUGACCGCCAUCAUGGUAGAACGGUUUAAGAACCACUGGUAUCCCGACUGUCCGGAGAAGGGCCAGGCGUACCGGUGUAUACGACUUCAGGAGAGCGAACCCGUAGACACUGUACUCGAGAUGGCGGCCGUCGAAGCCGGGCUGAGAUAUCAGGACUUGGGCCUCGCAAACUCCAUCAUCAUGUGGGUCGACCCUAUGGAAGUCUCAUGCAGGUUUGGUCAUGGCUUCGAUAGAACGGUCCACACCAUCGCAAGAUUCGACAACAGGGAACCAACGAUCCAAUAUCCUCGUCCGUCGUCAGCCGACGGGAAAAUCUCGCCCGACUUCCAGUACUAUCCUGCGCCCAUCCAGUCCAUCCCCAUCGUGAACAACUCCAACAGCAUCUACAAUAAGCCUGGCAUGAUGUUCGUUAAGCAGGGGUUUCUCCCACCAAUGGCGCACAAGACAGGCCGCGUAGGGCCGCCCGCGGACAAGUACCACUGGGUAAACAAGAACAAACCGGUCACGGCAAACUAGACUGUGCAAACGAACAAACGUCUUGCCAGUAGUUUUGACAGUAUUUUUAGAGAUAGACAGUUUCUAUAGUUUUCUAUGGAAAUUGAAAACUGAGGUUUAACAUUUACAGGUUUUGGGGGUAUUUUUGUGGCCAAAUCAAAUGAUCUUGCAGUGAAGAGGGUGUGUUUGGGGGUUUGUUGCAUACUCAAGUUUGCGAGCUGGAAAGGAAAAUGCAGAAGUUGUCGGGUAUCUUUCAUGACCAUUGCGAGCGUUUUUAAAAAGUUGUCAGUAUUCCGGAACAAUAGUCAAUAUUUUGAUGUGGAGAAGAUUAAAUUUCUAUGAGAUUUCUUGUGCUUGUUUUGUGUAUAUUGUACAUUUAGAUAGGUAAAACAUAGUGUGGAUAUUUCCUGCAUGUGAAGUUUAUAGCCAUGUGUAAGAUACUGUACGUAUUUGUGGAUGUUGUUUUUCCAAGAUUUUAAGACAAGUGCGAUAUUUUCUGCCCUGCAAAUUUUUGAAAAAUGCUGUCAUUGAGGAAAGAUGCAUUUUGUACAAAUUAGUGUUUUUACUGUAACUGUAACAUCUUUAACGCUGUACAAAUAUGUAGCCAAUAUCGAGAGCCUUUCUUCUAAUAGAAACGGCUUCUAUUUGUACAUACAUGGCCCUUUUCGGGUCCUUUUUGUGGACCAAGAGAGUAUUUUUGCCAAUAUAGUUGUUUCCCCCGUAUUCCACCUUGUGCAAACAACUGUGUAUAUAUGGAAUGUUGCAUUGUGAAAAAAGGGGAACAUUUUGUCUGACACUUGUACAGAAUAGUGACUUUUCUUGUGCAGCAAUAUUUUAGCAGAAAUUAUAGUGUUGUAGAUACAAAGAGUUGUAACAAUUGUAACAUUGAAAUAUACUUUUGUGUUGAUGUAAUGUUCAAAGAACAAUUGUCAUACUUGUGAUUGGUUAGUAGGUGCUCAAAAUGUGAAUUUUCAUAUAGGAAACCAUGAAAAAGUUGCAUUUUUGUAAAUGUUUGCUAAAACCACUUGAGCGUAAACCACUGUUUUGUUCAAUGUACAGAUAGCUUCAUCAUUUCUGUACGAGAAAAAUAACAGGAUUGGUCAGCCACCAACCGAUCACGAGUGUGAAAAUGAUGUUUGAAUUCUACGUAAUGAAUAUUUGUGUUGUAUUACCUAGUUAUGUUAACCAUAGACGACGUAAAUUCAAUGCUAUUUGGAUUUAUUAAGAUUCUAGGUGUUAGACAUAGGGUAAGACAUAGUCUUGUGGAUGUUGUCUUCUAAAAGUGCAGCUCUUUACCUAGUUAGUAAAGUGUCUUUGUGUUUAACAGGCAAUAUGGGGGAAAAGGGGACUCUGAACAGCUACCGUAAUUCUAAUUAUUCUACCAUUCCAAAACCAUAGAACUGACUUGGUAAUUUUCAGCUGUAGUAUUUGUUGCUCUGCAUUUGAUGUCAAUUAUAACUGUUGCUGCUAACAGAUAAAGUAUUGUACAGUACUUAAACUUUAACCCGAAGCAUUCCUCAAAAAGCUAUGUACUUACAUUUGUAUAACAAUGACCUUUGACCCAAUAUUGCUGCCUUCAGAGCCCCCCUCCCCCACAUACAAGGUCAUGGUGGAGGUCAUAUCUCUGCUCGACUACCUCACUUGGGGACGUCUGCAUGAUAUGUGUGAAAAAAAGAUGCCAGUGUUUCAGAUGUGUAACGGGUAGCAGCAAACUCUGACCAAAAUAAAUUUUGUAAUGUUUUUAUCAUAA